GCAGGGAACUGGCAGCUUCGGGGCCGGCUGUUCCCCCGUGUUUGCCUUUCGGGCUGUUUGUGUGUUUCCAAAGCCCAAAGAGGCCACCACGCUGCGUGGCUCCGUGUCACCACACCUCCCCGAGCAUGGGGAAGGCACCGCUGGCACCGGGUGGCACAAAGGCAUCCCUGCUCGUGGCGAGCAGCCAUAGCCGGUGGCAGGGACGUGCCCGGCAGGGACUUUUCCUUGCCUUGUGCUCGGUGGUGGUCGUGGCUGACGGCAACAGCAGAGGAGCGAAUGGAGAAAAUGUCCGCUCUCUGAUGCUGUGCUGUGCGUGGCAGCGUCGUGGCACCCGGGACACGCGGCAGCUUGAAACAGCUUCUGUUCUGUGUUUUCCAGUGACCUGGAUUUCUCUCACCACUGGGACCUGCCAGGAGCACAAGAGGCACAUUAAUAGCCAGAUUGAUGCUGACGUGAAAUGGCAGAAGAGCCCAUCUAUGCGUAGCUGGAAAUGUCCAUUCACACAUGCACACUCUUAAAUGCUCCAGGCAACUGAGCACUGCUGUCACGGUCUUGGGGGCUUUGCAGACCGGGACUCCGCCAAUCCUGCUGGUUAACUCCUGCGGGGAGACGUUGCAGCCUGCGGACGUGUCGGCCAUGGAGGCAGCGCUGAUCUUCCUGUGCUCCCUGCUGGUGCCGGCGGCCGUGGCAGACGUGGCCACCCAGGAGAAGGAGGAGGACCCCUUUAACUAUGAUUACCAGAGCCUGAGGAUCGGGGGGCUGGUGUUCGCUGUGGUCCUGUUCACUGUGGGCAUUCUCCUCAUACUCAGCAGGAGGUGCAGGUGCAGUUUCAACCAGAAGCCCAGGGCUCCGGGGGACGAGGAGGCUCAGGCUGAGAACCUGAUCACCUCAAACGCCACGGGAGCGCAGAAAGCAGAGAACUGACCAAGAGCCAUGUGACCCAGAGACCCGAGGAGAGAUGCUCGGACCGCAGAUGCCAGUGGCCUGCGAGGCGACUGAAAUCGCAGCAGCAGGUCCCUCUAAGGAGGGGCAGAGCUGCCGUGUCUGUGUUACCCCCUGUACUUCAGCACCGGUUCUCUGUUUACUAACCCGACUAAACUCCGCUCACCGUCCUCUCUGCCUCCAGUGGUGUGUAAUGUUGAUGUGAGAUGAUCAUUACCUCUAGGGCUAGUCCUUGCUGAUGUUGUAAUAGUGACUUUCUCUUCACCUUUCUCGUGCUGUGCGUGUGAUUCGGGCUCUGUACGACUGGCAGGCGCUGCCACCCCCCCCGCCCCCAGCCCGGGAAGGGGGGACGCAGGGCAGGGGGACACAGGCUGCCCGGGGGACCCCUGGCUCCCUCCACCAUUCCCCAUUCUGCAGCUGGGGGCUGGUGGCUCACCCCGGCUGGCUUUGGGCAGGGCUCAGGGGCCAGUGGAGCGUUUUGGGGGCUUGCCCAGCGUGACUCUGGACCGCGCGUUGCCAUUUCAGCAAUAAAUCCUCUUGUGCACCCCCAGCCCAAAGGCAGCCGUGGUGGGGGGGGCGAGCCAGAGGGGACAUCCCACGGGUGGUGGCACCUGGGUGCAUGUGGGAUUUAAGGCUCCCCUUCCUCACCUGCUUGGCGCUGCCCUCUCUGUGUCCCUGGCUAAAACCGAGCCGGUCCGCGUGGGAUGCUGUUUUAAAGGUGAGGAAAACACCGGGGUGGCAGAGAAGCCCAUGAGGUCCCCCGGCACGGUGACACUGUGAAAGAGGGUGGGCUGUGUGGCAGUGACCCUGCUAGCCAGCACAAACCAGCUCCUCGCCAACACUCUGCCAGCCCGCGGGACAGAGGCGGGCGGGUUAAACAGUCUCUGAGGGCUAAAGAGAAACACGGACUGAACUAAAGACCCCGUCCUUGCUUGUCGCGGGCAGGGAAGGAGCACCGCCAUUUCCUCCUGGUGCUCCCUGCCCUUCCCGAUGCCUUGUCGCUCCCUGUGCCGUGCUCUGGGACGCGGCCACCCGUGUCCUUGCUGUGUGUCGUCCCGUGGCGCUUACGUGUCGUCAGCCCCUCUUGCCUCCUGCCCCUCCUGCAGCCAGCAGCGCACGGGGCUUUGUGGUGCCCAGAGUCCAUCGUCACCUUGUGCCCGCUCCUGGGUCGGAGGCAGACCUGUGAGUCUGGCCCCUUCCCCAGGCCCCUGGGCAAGAAAAACCGUGGCCUCAGCUGGGGCUGGGGACUUAAUCGUGGGCGCUUUCUGAGGCAGGGCCAGCCUGGGCAGCAGUGGGGGGCUGCACAGAAACACGUCAGGGAUGCCGUCCACAUCUUCUUGUCCUCCAGGAUGGGUUUGAGAGGGUUUUCUGCUGUGCCCACCCCACGGCGGUGGCCCUGCCUCCAGCGUGGGCUGUGUCCCUGUCUGCUUUGCAUCCCUCUGUGGGGCUGGGAAGUGCUCUCUGUCCCGUCUGUGGGAGGCAGAGGGGUUGUGUCCCCGGUCCUGGGUCCCUUCCCUUCCUCCCGGCUACGGCAGAGAGCUCUGCUCCCCUCCUGCCCCCGCGCAGCCCGGCCCCUGAGUGUCAGCUCUGUGCGUGUCCCGCGUCGGAGUGCCCGUGGUGUCUGUAGUGUGCUGUCGGUGUUAACACGAAACAAAGAAAUCCCUGUGGUGUGUAGAAACGGCAAAAUCCCGACUGUUGUAAAAUAAACUGAGCUAUUGUGUUUCCUUUUAAA